AUCCAGAUCAUAGCCAGUUUAUAACUGUUGAGACAUUCAACUUGAAACAUUUACCUGAAGGUCUUCAAGACAGUGAUUUGCAUGAACUCAUCAAAGUUAUAGCUGACCUCACAGUUAGAGUUGAUGUGAAAAUAACAAGUCUAGACAGACCAGAGUUUUGGCCAGAGACAACUCAACCAUAUCCAUUUUCUAACAUGAGUGAGAGAAGAACCUUGAGGACAGGAAGUGGAAGAGUAAAGUAUGUAAACAAGUUUCAAGAUGGAGUCACACAAGAUGGAGGUUAUGGACGUACUGCCUACACAAAGUGUUGGUGUAGAAAAUGUGAAGGUUCAAACUCACCCAGCAAAGUGUGGUGGGAGUUUGAUGUGCACACAGCCACACAAGUGGUUUUUGAUGACAUUGAGGCCAACCACACGACCUUGAGAUUGUUUUAUGACAGAGAUGACAGCCAAGUGGACAGUGUUGAUAAGGUCAGUGUUGAUUUUGUAAACAUUAAGUAUGACUUGUGUAGGUUGAAAUGUGUGACAUGUGAUAAAACUUUAGGAAAUAAACUGAUGGAAAUGUACAAACAUUUUAAAAAUGUCUGGGAGAAAGUCUAUAAGAAAUAUUUUGACUCUAGAUCCCCACACAAGUUGACCUUUAUAGUGUCACAUCCUCAUGGAUGUUCUAAACAGGUCAAUGUUGGUCAAUGGAAGGACAGACUAGAGGUGGGUGGUAGAUCUAAGUUUACUUAUACAACUUGUACAUGUCCAGGAAGUAGUGGAGCACAAGUCUACUGUCUGGGGUAUAGUGACUUGAUUUGGUCUCAUCUUGUGCACAGUGGAAGUCUCAAGUCUGGAUUAAAUUGCAGUGCAGUUGGUCCUGCCUAGUGAAUUGUUUCCCUUGUGAGUUGUCCAGCUCCACCAUGAAGAUGUCUUUGAGAACCCUUGCAAUUCUGAACCUCAAACUCAAAUGUCUCUUUAGUCUUGAGUUAUGUAAAUAAAUUGUGUAUGCUAUCUUUAAA